AUGCUCCUGCGAGUGGCAGGUGGCUACGUUUCCGGCGUGGAGGACAUCGACACGGAAGCGCUUAUGGAUCCCGUGGUCCUGCCCGACAUGGGAAUCUGGCAUCCGCUUGCCCCGCAGAUCUUCGACAACAUGAGUGAGUACAAGGAGUGGUAUGACAACGUUCAUUGCCCUGCUGCCGGCAUUCUCCCAAAUGCGCCAACCAUCGGACUUGUCUUGCAGAAGUCGCACAUUGCUACCAAGGAUGACGGCCACUAUGUGGGCGUCGUGCAGGAACUGGAGCGCCGGGGUGCCAGGGUCGCGUGCACUUACACCGGGGGCCUGGACUUCUCCGUGCCGGUGCAGGAGUAUUUGGCCGGACCCACCGGUGAGGGCAUGGUGGAUGCCCUGGUUAACCUGACUGGUUUCUCGUUGGUGGGUGGGCCCGCAUCCCAAGAUGCCAAGAAGGCGAAGGAGGUCCUCAUGAAGCUCAACCGACCCUACUUGGUCAGCGUUCCGCUGGUCUUCCAGUCUUUCACG